AUGGAUCUCCAGAUUAUUAAUAGAGCAUUGCAAGAGUCCUGCAACGAUAUUGAUAUCGACGCCACCAUAGAGAGCCUGAGCAAGCUUCAACUAACGGAGAAUAGGGUGACUUCUGGUCCUGCUGAAAAGAUACUACAGGACCAGAAUCCCGUUAACGAAGAUGGUUCUACGGAUUGGGUUGAAUUGGUUAUCGGAGAAAUGAUGACGUGUACUAGUGUGGAGGAUGCUAGGGCACGCGCUGCAAAAGUUUUAAAGGGUUUCGAGAAAUCGAUCGGGGCAAGCUUUGAAAAGGAGAAUAUGGUGCUCAAGCAUGCAGUAUGUGUGCUUCUCAAGCGGCGGAAAGAGCAAGAGAGUGGAAGCCGAGAACUGAGGCAAUUGAAGGAGUUGGUGGCUCAUCAACAAGAGCGAUUGAGAGCGCUUGAGGCUACCAACUAUGGCUUGAAUUUGCAUCUGAAGCAAGCUCUACAAUGCAGCUCCCAUUUCGUCCCUUCUGGAAAAUUCAACCCUGAUGUCUUUUAG